AUGAAGGAAAAAUUUUACCAUGCAUUUAAAAAUGAAUUGGAUCUCAUACAAAAACUAUAGUUAAACCCUUUAUUUAAAUAAAUCACUAUAUGGACUGAUCAUUUGUUAGAGAAUUAAUAAUUGACAGAAUAAGAAAAAUUAUUAUAAGAGUUGUCCAAUAAUUAAGAUCAUUUCAAAAAACUAUUAUAAGAUUGUUGUAAUAAUUUGGAAGAACAAAAUUUAAGUCUCCUUUGUCUAUUGUCUUUAGUUUUUGGAUUGAUAGUUCCAAUAGAAUUGAUUGAAGAGGAAAAUUUAGCUUAUAUUAUAGAAAGAUACUACAGUACAUUAUUUAACUAUUAAAAAUUUAGUUUAACAUUCAAAUUCUAUAAAACUAUUGAUUACUUUAUUUAGUAAAUUUAAGUUCAAUAAUAUUCUGGUACUUUUACCUUUAGUACAUGAUUAAGAAAUCAUUUAGCUUGUAUAAUCAAUCAAAAUUAACUUGUUUGAUAAAACAUAUAUAUCUAUUUAUGAUUUAAUUGAAAAUUAUACCUAAAAUGUAUUAUAUGUUAUUAUAUUAAUAGAAAGAUUAAGAGUAUUUCGAUUAAAUAAUUAAAUUAUCUUCAGAUUUAGAUAUUUAUUCAUCAAAUUAAUUGCAUAUAUAAUUGAUUCAACAAAUUAAAAAAUUUAUUGAAUAUGAAAGUAAUGAAUUGGUAUAAAAGUUUGUUGAUAUUGAAUUGAAUGAUUAUUAUGAAUCUGUUCCUUUAUUUAAGGAUAUAAAAGUAGUUAGAAGUAAAGAGGAUUUAUUGAAUAGGAAAUUAUUUAUAUAAAAUGAAUUCAUACAUGUUCCAGAGGAUGAAACUAUUGAAUAUAAGGAAAUGAUCAAUUUAGAAGCUAAAAAUAAAUUCAUUGUUAAGAAAGCUGUUACUGCAUUUAUGAAUUAAAAAGGUGGCACUUUAUUUAUUGGAAUUAAAGACUCUUAGGAAGUUAGAGGAUUUAAUGUUGGAUCUAACAUUUACUAUUUUAGAUAAUGUAUAUUGGAUGAAUGUUUGGAUAUGAUUCAUCCAACUCUUAUAUUUGAAAAAUAAGUUAAAGUAGAUUUAAUACCAAUUUAUUCUUAUGAAGGUAUUGAAAUUGAAGGGCAUUUCAUAAUUAAAAUUGAAUUGACAAGAGAAUUAAAUUGUCCAUAUGUCUAUACCUUUGGUGAAUUAAUUGAACAUCAUUAAUAAUGUGAAGUUACAUUUUGUUUCAAAAGAUAAGGAGAUCAAUCUAAAGCUGUUAGACAUCAUCAUUUAAAAUAAUUAAUCAAAAUUCUUAAUUUAAAUUAAAAUAUCAUAAGUUCUGAAAGAAUUGGUAGAGAAUAUUUUAUUGAUAAUAGAAUUAAAAAUAGAAAAUAUAUUAAUUAAUCUUCCAAAGAAAGAGGGGAUUCAAAUUAAUUGUAAUAUAAAUAAGAUUUAAGAAUGAAUCAACAUUUAUUAAAAGAAAUUGAAUCUAAUGAAAAUAUAGAUAAAAAUCUUGAACCUCAUCCAGAUAUAGAUUUAGCUAAUUUAAAUUUAUAAAUUAAUUCUUAAUUAAAUCAAGUUUAGCAAUGGUAACAUUGGGUUGUUAUUCGUAAACUCAAAUCAAAUGAUUUUGAUCGAUUAAUUAAUAUCCUUACAACUUAUUAAGAUGUUUGUAUUUAAGAUAUCAUUAUUGCUUCAACUACAAUUCAUAUACAAUUAAAAAAUCUUAGCAAAGAAGAAUUUAUUGAGAAUCUAAAAUAUCAUUUUAAUAGAUAAGGAGAACGAAUUAAAUUUACAUAUGGAUAUCCAUAAGUAAUUUAAAUUGCAUAAUAAAAUAUUGAUAUUGAAUAAAUUAUCUCUGAUAACUUAAAAUUACAUAAUUUUUAAAUUCAUGUAAAAAAAGAAUGUAAAAUAAUUGAAGCUAAACAUGUUGAAGAUCUUAUUUAAAUUUAUAAAUUUAUAAAAGAAAAAAUAAAGAUUGAAGUUCAUUGGAAGUUGAAAGAACCAUAAGAAUUUAUAUUUGCAGCCAUAGAUGAGUCAUCAAAUUUACUAAAUUGA